AUAAUUUUUCACAACACAGAGGAAGAGCACACAGACAAGCAGACCACGCGCCCACAGCCUCAGCCUCAGGUCUCCCUCCGCGCACCGCAGCCACCACCAAGUGCAACCAAUCCCCCGACAAAACCCCAUCCACUCCUUUAUCAGCGUUUCCCUCCCUUUCCUCCCCUCCCCUCCCCUCCAUCCAUCCUCAGCCGCCCCUUCGCCGGCCGGCCAUGGCAAAUGCUUCCCUCCAGUCCUUCCUCCCCCAGCACCACCAUUCCUUCCUCAACAGCAACACCCACGACGGCUCCCCUCCCGCGCUCCUCAAGCUCACCACCAACAGCACCAACGCCAGCAACAGCAUUUCCUUCAAGCUCUUCGCCAGCAGCUCCUCCUCGGUGACCACAACCGCCAACUCGCCGGCUCCGACUCCGGUCGCCGCCGCCGCCGCGGCGACAACCUCGCCGCCCACCCCCUCCCUGGAGCUCCUGGGCCAGCAGCUCGCGGCGGGGGAGUACCGGCAGGCCGACGAGACCACGCGCGCCCUCCUCAUCGUCCUCGCGGGCGAGGCCGCGCGCCGCCGAGGGUACGUCUUCUUCUCGGAGGUCCAGUUCAUCUCCGUCGAGGACCUCCGCGCCGUGGACGCGCUCUGGCUGGAGCACAGCGGCGGCAGGUUCGGGUACAGCGUGCAGCGCCGGGUUUGGGACAAGUCGCUGCGCGAGUUCACCCGAUUCUUCAUCAAGAUCGGCUGGAUGAAGAAGCUGGACACCGAGGUGGAGCAGUUCAACUACAGGGCCUUCCCCGACGAGUUCAUCUGGGAGCUCACCGACGACACGCCGGAGGGCCACCUGCCCCUCACCAAUGCCCUCAGGGGGACGCGGCUCCUGGAGAACAUCUUCACCCACCCCGCCUUCGACUGCGAAGAAGAUGAAGCAGCAGGGGCAGAUGAGGAGGCUGACAAGGGCAGUGCCACUGGUCAGAAUAAUAAGGAUGACAACAAAGGCAGGGGCAGGCCAAAGAGUUUGACAGAUUUCAAGCCCGACUACUCCUUUUAAGGAGCGUGCAAGUUUGUGAUGAUGCUGCCAUGGGGCAGCUGAUUUUAAAAAAAAGUCAUGUUUCUGUAGUUCGUUUUGGCUGUUUUUGUACUGAACAUGCAUGCAAAUUUGUGACCAUAUAUAUUACUAUAAAGAUAAGUGUUUGAGAA